AUGAGUGCAUUCGACAAGAUAUAUCGUAGUGCGCUGCCAAUGAAAUUCUUCGCUCGCGGUUGGGGGAAGCCUGAUACCCUGUUGAGUAUAUUUUUUGUGUUUCAUAGAUUCCAAGUGUAUAAACCAAUCUGCAUACACUUUGCAGGUACUGGCGACCACGUAAGUGUUCUGGCUUAUUCCAUUACAGACUUAUUNNAACUGUUAGAAGAUGGUAUCGGGUCAAUAAUAGUCAUGAAUCCGUUUUAUUGGAAGCGGAAACCAAAAGACCAACGUGGAUCCAGCCUGAACUACGUGUCCGAUUUGUUCGUGAUGGGCGGCGCUUUAAUUGCCGAAUGCAAUACUCUGUUGCGUUGGUGCGAACAAAAUGGCUACGGACCACUUGGCCUGCAUGGGAUCUCUAUGGGAGGCUAUGUGAGUUUCGCGUAUUGUGACGUCAUCUCAUCGCCUCUGAUGAAAUUCAUCAACGUGAAAAAAGCUAAAAAAACAUUUCCUCCUGGUAAAGCUCAUCGGGCUGUGCAUCCUCUCAAUUUCUUUGCAACAUUAGUUCACUGA